AUGGUUGAAAUACAAACUAAUCGAUCAAUUGAUAUAUCAAAUACUAUCAAUACAGCAAUUAUGAAUUGGUCACCUGAUGGAAAAAAUCAAUUUAAUGAACUUUAUAAACAAUUACUUAAUGAUGAUAAAGAUAAAUUUGAAGCUGAAUUAGCAAUAAAACAAUUACUUGUUUCUUUAUGUAAAUCAUGUUUACAAGGUAGUCAAUCAGUAGAAACAGUUAUUCGAAUAUUUGGUGAACUUCAAGAAAUUGUUUCAUGUUCAUCAAUAAUCGGAGAUCUUCUUGCCGAUAUUUUUGCUACUCUUGAUGUUGAAUUAUUUCCAAAUGAUGAUACAAUUACCAAAGAUACAUAUAAACAAAGAUUUUUUCAACUUAUUAAUAAUUCUGAACAUAUUGUUUCAACAACAUUAUUAAUGGAACGUCUUGAAAUUGAAACAUUAGAAUAUCUUGAUUUAAUUGUUAGUCGUGAACAAUUUAGUCAAAAAUAUGUACGAAUUAAAACUCGUCUUUAUUAUAAACAACAAAAAUUUAAUUUAUUACGUGAAGAAAGUGAAGGUUUUGCUAAAACAUUAACUGAAUUAAAUCAAAAUUUUUCAAUAACAAAAUUAACAUCCGAACAAUUAUAUGAUCGUUUAAUGGCAUUAAUUGGUUAUUUUGAUAUAGAUCCUAAUCGUAUGCUUGAUUUAGUUAUUGAAUCAUUUGAAUAUCAUCUUGAAUAUACAAAAAUUUAUGUAAAUUUAUUAAAUUUACUUCAUUUUGAUAAAAUAACAUUAUGUCAAUUAAUUGGUUUUAAAUUUCAACAAUAUCAAUUACAAGAUGAAACAGCUGAUUCACUUUAUUUAUUAGCUGCUCAACUUAUUUCAAAUAAUAUAAUUGAACUUGAAGAUUUAUUACCACAUUUAUAUCCAUUAAUAACAGAUUUUUCGGAUAAUUAUAUAAAAGAAAUUGAACAUGUACGUACAUCAAAAAAAAGUUUAACAUCAUCAAAAGAUUCAAAUACAAUAAAAACAAAUAAUCAAUUAUUACAUUUUAUUCAAGCAUUAUUAUAUGUUGGUGAUUUAGAACAUAUAUUAAUUUUAUUUAAUAAUUUACCUCGAUGGUCAUGUACAUCGUAUCGAGAAAUAAAUAUACUUUUAACAAAAAUUAUUGCUUAUAUGAUUGAUCCAUUUUAUAAAAGUAAUUCGGAUCUUCAUAUGUGUUUUCUUCAAUAUGAAUUAAAUAAUCCAUUAAAUUUAAAUAUAUGUCCACGUAAUUUAAAUUUAAUUAAAAAUUGGAAUGAAUUUCGAGAAAAUAUUUAUCCAUUAUUAUUACAUCUUGGUCCUUAUUGUCAAGAUCGUCUUUUAUAUAUGCAAUUAACACGUUUAUGUACAAAUAUAAUUAAAAAACCAAUUAUUACUGAUGAACAACAAGAAGAUAUUAUUUUAUUAAUUGAUGAAGUUCUUUUACCAAGUCUUUCAUUACUUGAUGUUAAUAGUUGUUUAGCUAUUGAAUUAUGGUCAUUAAUGAAAUUAUUUCCAUUUGAUAUACGUUAUGGGCUAUAUGGACAAUGGCAUGAAGAUACAUAUCGUAAAACACCACAACUUAUGUUUAUUAAACAAGAUGUUACAGAUAAAACUCGAGCUAUACUUAGACGUAUAACUAAAGAUAAUGUUAAAACUUACAGUCGUCAAAUAGCUAAAAUGACACAUAAUAAUCCAAUUAUAAUACUUGCAGUUAUUAUUGAUCAAAUUCAACGAUUUGAUAAUUUUAUAUCUGUUAUAAAUGAUGCAUUAAAAUAUCUUUCACCACUUGCAUAUGAUAUUGUUUGUUAUACAAUAUUACAUGCAUUAACAUCACCAAUAUCAUCAACAUCAAUACCAACAUAUAUUGAUGGAAAAAUGAGUCGUGAAAAUGCAACACCAGCACAAUGGUUUCAAAAUUUAUGUGUUUUAUCAGCUAAUGUAUUUAAAAAAUAUCCUAUUGAUUUUACAUCAAUUCUUUAUUAUAUAUAUGAUCAAUUACGUUUGGAAAAAACAUGUGAUUUAUAUUUAUUACGUGAAAUAAUAACAAAAAUGAGUGGUGUUGAAGUAACAUCAACUGUAACACGUGAACAAUUAGAAGCUGCAUCAGGUGGUGAAUUAUUACGUAGUGAAGCUGGACAAUUUACAGCAGCACGAAAUGUUAAAAAACCAUCAAUACGUUUAAAAGAAGCAUUAAUAGAUAAUCAUUUAUAUUUACCAUUAUCAAUUAUAAUAGCACAACAACGUAGUUGUAUUGUUUUUAAAUUUGGUGCACAAAGAAUUGAACAUUUAAAAUUAAUUGGUAGUCUUUAUGAUCAAUGUCAAGAUACAAUGGUACAAUUUUUUACAUUUUUAUCAAAUGUAUUAACAACAGAAAAUUUUCAUCAUAAAUUUCCUUCAAUUGAUGAUCUUGUACUUGGUUUUCAUUUACAAGUUGAUGCUGCUUUUCAAAUAUCAAGACCAUUAUUUAAUCUUAAUAUUCAAGCAAAAUUUGAUGAAUUUCGAUCAACAGCAUCAAAAUCAUUGAAUAAGAAUGCUUUGAUACAAAAUUAUAUUGAAGCAGUAACAUAUGUUAUGUCACCUGUACUUGAUUUUGUUAAAACACUUCAUCCACAACGAACAUGGGAAGAAAUGACACCACAAUUUUAUUUAACAUUUUGGUCAUUAUCAAUGUCAGAUUUACAAGUACCAGAAAUAGCAUAUAAACGACGUAUUGAAGAACUUGAACUUGAAAUGACACAAAUUGAUGAACGAAAAGAAUUGACAGCAGCAAAAAAACGUAAAGAAAAAGAAAAAAUUCAUAUUAUUAUAGAUAAACUUAAAGAAGAAUUAUUUAAACAAAAAGAACAUGUUGAACGUGUACGUGCACGUCUUGAUAUAGAACGUGAACAUUGGUUUAAAAAUCGAAAUAAAACAAAAGCUGAAACAAUAACUGAAUUUCUUCAAUUAUGUAUUUUUCCACGAUGUUUAUUAAGUGAAAUUGAUGCACUUUAUUGUGCACAUUUUAUACGUGUUAUACAUGAUUUAGUAACACCAAAUUUUAGUACAAUUAUUUGUUAUGAUCGUUUAUUUUCUGAUAUAUCAUAUUCACUUGCUUCAUGUUCAGAAAAUGAAGCUAUACGUUAUGGAAGAUUUCUUGAAUCAUUAUUAGAAACUGUUAUGAGUUGGCAUGGAGAUAAAAACAAAUUUGAUAAGGAAUGUGCAACACAUCCAGGUUUUCUUACUGUUUUUCGUAAUGCUGGUAAUGCAGCAACGAAAACAACAGGUACAACACAAACACCUGAACAACUUGAUUAUGAUAAUUUUCGUCAUGUAUGUCAUAAAUGGCAUUAUAAAUUAGCAAAAAGUUUUAUUGUUUGUCUUGAUUCAAAUGAUUAUAUACAAAUACGUAAUGUAUUACAAGUCUUGACUGUUCUUUUGCCUAUAUAUCCAAAAAUGACAACAUUUUAUGCUGCACUUGAACGACGUAUUAAAGCUAUAUGUGCAGCUGAAAAAGAUCGUCGUCAUGAUUUGUUUGCAUUAGCUAAAUGUUAUAGCGGUCGUUUAGCACAUAAACAUCGUGAUAUGAUUGAAGAAAGUCAAUUUCAUUCAGUUCCAGAACGACAAACAUCAUCAUCAUCAUCAACAAGUAAUCAGAAUAAUAAUAAUAAUAAUCAGAAUAAUAAUAAUAAUAAUAAUGCUGGUACGAAAAUGAAUCCUAUUGUUACACCGACCAUCAUCGGUGAUACAAAUAAUGUUAAUCAUCAUCCUAUUUUAUCAGAUAUACAAUCAACAUCAUCACCAACCACUCGUUCAAUACAAAAAGAUUCAUUAACUAGUAAUACAACAGCACGACCAACGAGUGAGAAAUCCAUGAAUGUUUCAACAACAAGCAAUGGAUCGACAACAGCAACAAAAUCAUCUUCACCAGCACCAUCAUCUCAACCAACAGCACCAACAUCUCGAUCAGCAACAAUAACUAAUAUAACUGAACGAUCAACAAGUAAAACCAAAACAGAACCUGUCAUCAUCAACAGCAGCAGUAAUAGUAGUAGUACGACUGCAACGAUCUCAUCGACAAAAUCGAAUCGAAUACCACAUGGUCCAUCGUUGCCUUCAUCAAAAACUACGGUGACAUCGACGACACAGAAUAAAAUUGAAUCGAAUGAAACAUCGACAUCGAUGACUGGACGUACAAUUAAAUUGUCGAAUAAUCCAACUGAUCGUCAUGAGUCACCACAAGCAUCAACUAUAUCAACACUACGUGAAAGUCCGCCAACAAAUAAAAAAGAUACAUCGACAACGAUCGAUAGGCGGCCUACGUCAUCAACGACGGAACAACAAAUAUCGUCCAGUAAAACAUCUUCAGCACCUGUUUCACGUCCUACUUCAUCACGUACUGUUACAUCAACUACACGUAGUAGUACUUCCUCCGUUGCCACGACUAAUGAUGAUUCGAUUCGAAGAUCGGAUCAAACGGCGACGAAUGGAAUAAAUAGUAGUACAUCAUCGAAAACUCUACGAACAGAGUCACCUCAUGAACAUGUACCAGUAGAAAAAAAAUCACGUAGUGGUUCCUCAAAGGGUGAUCGUAUUACUACAUCGCAUGUCGAUGAAUCACGUAAUAGUAGUUCACGUAGUACACAUCGUGAACAUAAACAUGAAUCUAAUAAACGUGCACGUUCAUCAACACCUGAAAAACGUUCAGCAAAUGGUGGUAAUAGUGGUAGUUCAUCACGUCGAUUAAAUCAAACAGCUGAAUCUACAUUAUCAACAACACCUGUACAUCAAGAUAAUGAACAUAGUAGUGGAUCAGGUAUUAUGGAUGUAUCUCCAUCAAGUUUAUCAUCGAAAAGAAUUAAAACAAGUGAUACAAUUUCAAAUGGACGAUCAACACGAAAAGAAGCACGUGAAGAACGACAUACAAGUUCAUCAUCUUCACAUAGAGUAUCAUCAUCAUCUCGUAGUGAUCGUCGAGAUAAAUAG